AAAGUGUACUGGUUGCUAGGCAACAUCAAAGGGGCCCAUCCGUGUUUUCGUUUCUAGCAAGACCUCACUGUCUCUUCGAAGUAAAUUGUGUGCAAUUUCUUACUGAAUAGUUAUUGCUGUGUUACAUUUUGUACAACAAGUACUCCGGGAAAAUGCCGUUCAGCGCUGAAGCCAUAAAACCGCCUCUGCAUGAUCAGAUAUUGGAGCUACAAAGGAAAAUUCAAUUGCUUGAGGGAGACAGAAGCGCUUAUUACGAGAGUUCCCAGUCCACUAUCAAGAAGAACAGAGAGUCCAUUCUGCAGCUGAGGCAGGAAAACAAGAGACUUCAUAAGAAGUUGGCAGACACUCUUGCUGGGGAUGAGCAAGUCAUUAAAGAUGCUUUUCAGAGUAGAGGCAUGGAAAAAGCUGCCUUCCGGAAUAUGUCGGGGAAGACAGCUCUCAGUAUGCUGGACCAGAAGGUUUGCGACAAGAGGAAACGCCUCAACGCCCUCAAACACACCACCCAGACCUGCCGCCGGCGCCUGGACGAGCUGCAGCUGCAGUACCAGAGCAUAAAGCUAGAGGGCAGCAGAGGGCCGCAACCCGACGCGCAGAGACAAGAGGAGGAGGCCAAGAGUGAAGGGGAGGCCGGCGAGGAGCAUCCCCAAAAGAACCUGCGGGUGCUGGAGAAUCGUCUGGAGAAAGCCCAGCUCAAGUCUCAGGAGGCCGAACACAUCAUGAGGGGCUACUUGAAGCUCAAAGCCCACCUGCAGGAGGAGAGCUUGACCUUCCAGUCCCAGCUGGACCGGCUGGAGGCUGAGAUCCUGACCCAGAGACAGGAGCUGCGGGACCUGCAGGUCAUGAACAACGACGCCCACCUGUCCAAGGACACGGCCAAGGCUGAGCUGCUGCGCCAGGAGGAGCUGGUGUACCGGGAGAGGAAGGAGAGAGAGAGCAUCCUCACCAGCUACAAGAAGCAGGCGGAGGAGCGCAAGGCCCAGGCCGAGAGAGUGGAGAGACGGGCCCAGCGGCCGGGCAUGCAGCCAGACGAGCUGAGCAGCGAGACCCAGCGCAGUGUCACCGGGGUGGGGGAGGAGGAGAGGGCCAUCUCCACCUUCGAGGAGGCCUUCCGACGCAUCAAGGAGGCCACAGGAGUCACCGACACACGGGACAUAGUGGAGCGUUUCACCUCCCAGGGAGACACCCAGAAGCACCUGGAGAACCUGAAAGAGGAGAAUGAGAGAACUCUGCAGCGUCUGAAGGAGGAGAGAGACCACCUGCAGGAACACUUCCAGACCAUGAAGUACUCUGGGGAGGCCAAACUCUCCAGCCGUCAGCAGGUGCUGGAGGAGCGCGAGCGCCACCUCCUGGCGGAGCAGCAGAGGUGCGAGGCGGCCAGGGAGCGUCUGGACUGGCUGACCCGCACCCUCGGCACGGUGCGCGCCGGCGUGGAGCACCUUGCCGACAAGCUGCAGCACGUCCAGCUGGACGCGAGCGCGGCCCCUCCUCCGUCCCCGGGCGGUGAGGAGGAGGUGGUGGAGCUGCUGGCCCGGACGGAGAGGAAGCUGCUGAUGCUGCAGGACGAGCUGCAGGGCAAGGACCUGGCCCAGGUCAUGAAGGAGAUGGAGGAGGAGGAGUUCCAUGCCAGCAUCGAGGGAAAGCUGCCACAGUACAACACACGCAUCAAGCUGCCCCAGGACCAGAAACAGGAUCCAUACGACGAAGAGGAGGAGAGCGGCGACGACGAGGGUGACAUCAUCACCCGCGCCGCGCUCAAGCGCCAGUCUCAGCUCAUCAUUGACUCCAAGACCAAGAGAAAGACCCGGACCAAGAAGAAGAAGGGGAAACACUGAUCCAGGGAGACCAGUCUGGAGGCCAGUCUGGAGGCCAGUCUGGAGGCCAGUCUGGAGGCAGCGCUGGGGGGCUGAAGUGUGUCUGUGUGCAGGAGCAUAGCAUGUAGUGUAGUACAGCAUGGUCUAGGUGUAUACUUCUGUGCUAGAUGGAACACAAUGACUCACUGAAGGUUCAAAUUGAGCAUGUGGUCUCACUGGUCCCAUUUUAAUUUUUUAAUUUACAUAUGACAAUGUAUUAUUUACUCGCUGACAAAUAAGUAAAUAUUUGAGAUUUUUGGAAUAUACUCCUAGGAGCUUGGGAUGAGAUACGGAAUCUUGUGCUGGCAUAUACUAUAGAUCUAGCUAUUCUCACUUAAUAUAGUUGUUUUAUGUCAAGCUUCCACAAGUAGUGAUUUGAUUCCUUUGUUAUUAGACUCAAUUUGUAACGACAGUAGUAAUUAUAAUAAAAACACACCUUUCUUUUUUAGAAAUACAAUUGUUCUUUAUGUACAAACAUAUGUCAGUGAAGGAGAAUGCCUUCACCCCUUUUGUUCCCAAAAAAUGAAGUCACAUAUUCCUAUCAAGUCACAAUCCAUGAAUGAGUGUGUUUUGACAACAGAAAUGUUCUUUUUCCCUGUCCUGUUGGCUCAACACAUUUUUCUCCCUCCGUGGCUCUAUCUCACCCCUCUCUCCCCUCUGUCCCUC